CUCGAACGAACACCAACCGCUUUUCCAACGAUAGAAUUCGGCGAAGGAAUCAGUACCAUUGACGACUUCACUGCGGAAAAAAUCAUACUAAAGAACUAUAAUCCUCAAAAACCGAUCAAGAUGGAAAUGGCAUUAUCGGGUGGAGCUGUAGAUGUAAGUGUCAUUGUGAGGAGCAGCGCAGUAGGAAGUGGAAAUCCGGUGUUCCUUGAGCUGACAUUUGGGAAACUAAUCCUGAGCGGAUUUACUUCAAGCAAAGGAACUCAUUGA